AUGAAUGGGGAAUUGCAGAACAAAGAGGGCCCUGCUGAUGGUGGUGAAAUGGUUAAGCUGCUGAUAGAGGGGCUGGAAACUGGGGGUGUUACAGAGGCAACUAAUGCUGUGGAAGUUGAGAAUACUGAUGUCACAAUGGAGACAACACUAGGGGGAGUCGGUGACAAAGAUCCAAACCCUGAAGGUGAGACUAGUGCAACUGAAACGAGUGUGGCUGUUCAAGCUCCUUCCUCAAAUAGGGGCUUUCCGCUUAGUUUUGCUCAGAUAGUGAUGGGAUCACCACCUGUAGGUGGGAAUUCUGCUGCUGGUGGGCAUGAGUCUGUUAGUGGAAGGUAA